GUACGUGUGUAUGUGUGUGUUGAAGGCGCCACGUCGGCAGAACCAGCAGGCUGAAAAAGAGACCUGCGUAGCUCUGCCUGUAGCUGUGAGUGAGGAGAAGUUAGAAAAGCUGCAGGUUGAUGCGAUAAAAAGACGAGAAAACAGAAGGAGAAGAAGAAGAAGAGAGGCCGAGCUGCAGCUUUUUCACCGAGAAAGAAAAUUCAGUAAAAUUAAAGCAGAGUUUGGCUCGGAGGCUGAAACAGAAGCUGCUCCAGGCUCAAGUUUCUCUGCCAGGUGUGUUUGUGGGAGAAACACGGGGAACAAUGGUGAAGAAUGUGAACAGUGUUAACAUGGAGCCUCAGCCUGGGACCAGCGUGGCCUUGGACGAAGCUGAACCCACCCUAAGCCAGUCUACGGAGGAUUCUGGUAAGGACCAUGUGGCGGCUCCCCCCGGCAUGAUGUGGCGGGUGACUGGCGGCCUCUUCAACGUCACCAAGGGCGUUGUUGGUGCCGCGGUGGGCGGGGUGGCCUGGGUGGGUGGCAAGAGCCUGGAGAUCACCAAGUCAGCCGUGACCACGGUGCCUUCGAUGGGUGUGGGGCUGGUGAAGGGUGGGGUGUCUGCCGUGGCCGGUGGCGUCUCCACAGUGGGUUCAACGGUAGCCAAUAAAGUCCCGUUCACAUCUAAGAGGAAAGACAAGGCUGAGUGAAGAGGAGGAGGAAGAAGAGGAGGAGGAGGAUGGUGAAGAAGAUGAUGAUGAUGAUAAUAACGAUGAUGAUUGAUGAUGGACUUGUCCCGCCCUGAGCCAACAGAGGGAGGCUGCCAGCUGAUCCCUGUCUGCCAAUCAGACUCCACAGUGCCUUUCUGAUGCCUUUCUCGGUCUUGAACGUAACACCAUACCGAGCUCUAGACUUUUGUUGCAAAUACUACAUCCAGUACCUAAAAGUUCAGUAGUACGACGAUACCAUGGCAACCCAGAAUCACCAGCAAGAAACGCUGAGUUACCGAAAUGCUCCAUACAAUCCUUGCCCUGACCUGGAGUGGGGUUUGUUAUGUCUGGAACUGAAGAUCUGGCUCCAGGCAGAUCACAUGGACUGGGAUCCACUUCAGCAAGUGGUGAACUUCUUGAUGCUGUUGAAUAUUUUUUUUAUCUGUUUACAAACCAGACUGAGUCUCUAUCUUUUCUUCAAUCUCUCCAGUCUACACACAUUUGAUGACCUGUUUUCUGAAUUAAGAUGCUGAGUUUUAGUCUCUUUUUUUGCAAUGGUAUUGAAGUAAUAUUGAAAUCUGUGUGACAAGAAUAGUGUGUGUGGUGAAAAAUAAAAUAUUUCAAUGUCGGAAAUAAGAGAUCAGCAGCAUUGCUCAGUCUACAUCCUCCACUGUGCCUGACCUUUAUCGUUCUGGAAGAGCCCUGGGGGUGGUGUUUUUACCCAGCAGCCUCAGAUCUGCAUGUGGGAACACUCCUCUGAAAUGCACAUCUGAAGACUGAAAACACAAUCAACACUGGGCUCAGGUCUUUUCCACAGCUAUAUUAUUGUUCUGUUUCCCAUGUGUCUGAAAUGUUAAAAUGCUGCAUUGAACUUUGGUGAGUUGACCUUUUUUAAAGAUGUAAUAAGAAAACAAUCAGCAGCGUUUGAAUCAUUGAUGGUUGUGUGAGAGAAAGUGCCCAAUGUUGUCUGAAGUACGUGAACACUGAACUGUCACACAGGCAACAUUCGUGAACGUUUAUAUGCAAUAUCAGCAUGUCAAUGCAACAUUUGGAGAGUGGGAGCAGUUGCUGAUGGGACUUAACUAUGUGAAUGUUUUGUAUGUGUUUUUUUUUUUCAAUAUAUCAAUAAAGUAGUUUGGAAGGUUAAAUAUA